UUGGGGAAAUGCCGACAGGCUGUGGAAUUAAACUUACUGCCGACCAGGCCAGAUGGGACAUCGGGGUAGCUUGAAUCAUUUUGCAUGCAGUAUAUAGGUAGCCAAGUAUUUCCUUUCUGUCGAAGCUUAGCUCUGUCGACAGCUCUCCGUCAAGUUCAUGUAUCGAGAUUUAACACCAUGACUGUCCACUGUGAGUCCGAGGAUCUUCCCGCGAAGCCGGAGCUUGAUUCGCAGGCUCAACAGGUCGAAACUGCAACGCUUGCUGAGGAUGCCGAGGAUGCCGAUUUCAAGAAGCGUGAGGCGCGCGUCGUCGCAAAGCUCGACCUUUACGUCUGCCCGAUCCUCGUCGUACUGCAACUCAUAUCUUUCUUGGAUAGGGGUAACAUUGGAUUUGCAGCGACACAGGGCAUGACUACUGACCUGAAUCUCGUGGGCACGCAGCUUAAUACCGCCGUAUCGCUUUUUUACCCGCUAUAUAUUCUGUCAGAGUUCCCAGCUGCGCUGAUCGUGAAGCGGGUGGGCUUCAAUCGCGUAAUUCCGGCGGCUGCGGCGUGCUGGGGACUUUGCUGCUUGGGAAAUGGUUUCGCCAAGAAUUUCGGGGAUCUUGUUGCGUGUCGUUUGUUGAUGGGGAUGUUCGAAGGAUUCUUGAUGCCCAGCUUGACCCUUAUGUUGGCAAAUUGGUAUAAGAGAGAUGAGAUUGGAUUAAGGAUCAGUUAUCUUUUCAUCGCCGCGGCUAUUUCAAGUGCCUUCAGUGGUUUGAUCGCUUACGGCAUUCUAUUCAUGAAUGGAGCAGCUGGAUAUCCGGGAUGGAGAUGGUUAUAUAUCAUCGAAGGCUCAGUAACCGUCGCCGUUGCUGCUGUUUGCUACUUCAUAAUCCCAUCGUCUUAUACUACAGCCUACUUCCUUAACGAGGACGACCGAGCUGUCAUGCGAAAGAGAGCAGAAAUCACCGAAGCUUACAGCGGAGGACAAGGACACUAUACCCGUACCGAGUUUAUGAUGGCCAUCAAAGAUGUUAAGACUUGGGUACAUGCUAUCAUCCAGGUCAUGUGCCUCACAAUAUUAUACGGGUUCAGUGUCUUCCUGCCAAUUAUUCUACGGUUUGGCUUCAACUUCAGUGUCGAACAAUCUCAAUACCUCAGCAUCCCUGUCUUCGCUUGGGGCUCCAUCGUCUAUGGUGUGUGCGGAUACUUGUCUGAUCGUUUCUCGCGACGGUUCCUAGCGUGUAUCAUUUGCGCACCGCUUGGAGCGGUAGGGUAUUCUAUGCUUCUUGGCGGUGACCACCUUUCUGUCGGAGUGAAGUAUUUUGCAUGCUUCCUCAUCGCAACUUGCGCAUGGACCAUGGGUGGUGCAAAUGUAGCUUGGCUCUCUACUAAUACCGCACCUGAUGGUAAGCGAGCUGCCUCAGUUGGGCUUGCUUUGGCUUUAGGAAAUCUAGGUGGAAUCAUCUCGGGUCAGAUAUACCCACAGACGAUGGCGCCGGCUUUUACUCUAGGUCAUGCAUGGAGCCUUGGUGCGAUAUGUAUUUCAUUCUGUUUGUGGUGGGUUCUGAGGCAUAUUUACUAUAGUCGCGAGUCACUCAAGGGGCAGAUUCGGGAGGGCGCAGUUCCGGAACCAAUCGACUUCUCAGAUAGAGUACCAGAAUACAAGUAUCAGCAUUGAUCUUAUGGACUGGCGCCAUGGACAGUUAUAUUUACGAAAUAGACAUAUGAAUUGCGAUGGGGAUAGUAUAAUAGAA